AUGGAGCAGCGAUCGGGGGAUGUCAUGGCAUUUGGCGGAGGAGUGGAGGAUGAGAAGGAUGGGGAUGGAGGUGGGUGUUGAAUGGACCUAAAAGGUUAGUCUGCUCAAGUCAAGUGGAAGAAAGAGUUAGCCUUUGAAGUGAGAGCAUGAGCAAACUUUCCCCCUAUCCCAGCUAUCCGCCCACACACUCCCCUCACGCCUAGAGAUAGUGUUUUUGAAAGCCGCCCACCAGAGCUCCUGCAGCACCAGGGCUGAUGGGGUCUCCAGAGCUGCCAAACUGCUGCUUAAUUAAGCCGGCUGAUCCACACUAUCAUUUAUCAUGUGAAAGCCAGGAGAGGGGGAAAAGGAGUAUGGAAGAGGAGGAGAGGGAGGGGUAGGGAAACACGAGGGAUGAGGGGGAUGGAGGGAAUAGUUCGCGUCACAGGGUCUCUCUCCCCAGAGUUGAGUGGGAGAGAGACUAUGCAGCUGUACAGUACUUUACUUGAACUCCUCUCUCUCUCUCUUAGUUAUGCACUAGACUAGGGUCUUACCAACACCACAGCGCAUGUCUCUCUCCAGCAGGACAACUCUGCCUCUGCACAACAUUCUCUCAACAGAACAAGUCUCUCAGAACUAUAAAAGCUCUCUAUACAAUGGCAUACAUUUUUGGCAGGAGAAGAAGCUGAAGGAGCUUUAACUGAAUAUCGUUCCAAAGGUAUAAUUGUGGUCCAGGGAUUUUUCUUUUUGUAGUACUCUCUCUGCAACAUUGAAGCGGUGGGUAGAAAUUCUGCUCCAGGACUUUGUGGACACCUGGUGGGGUAGAUCUGUGUGUCUGUGAUCGGUGUGUCUUUCACACAUACACAAAAGCAUACUGGAGAUGAGAUCCAGCUGUACUGAGCGCAAGCCUGUGUCUUCUCAACCAUGCAAUGUAAGUGAGGGUGUUUAAAGGUAGACAGUGUGUGUGUGUGUGUGUAUUUAAUAUGCCUGAGAGUGAUAGAUGUGUUUUGAGUUAAAGAGAGUAAGGUUGCAGCAAGAGGAGCAAAUGCUGUGCUUUGCACAUUUUGUAGCACCCUCGAGAACUGUUCUAAUGUUUUAUGGAAUGGAGAGUAAUGCUCAGUGUGUUUCUUUUAAAUAUUAGCUUAUUGUUUUAAGUGUCGUCGUUAAACUGGAUUAUGGCAUGAUCCAUUAUCCUGACAUACUGUACAUUGGUUUGUCUGUCUCUGUUCAAUUGACCAAUGGAGUGUCUACUGUGCUUCCAUUUGACCACAAAGUUCUGUUCUUUUUUUUGUUGCACUGAUAAAAUCAUUGCUAUGGACAGAAGUUGAUAUGUAUUCUGUCUUCUCCUCUAACAAGAUGACCUAGAAUAUGGUCCAUUCUAACGAGUAACUGCCUCUGUGGUUUGACCAACUGUCAGACCCUAUAACAGUGAAGGCAGAAACCCUAAAGACUUUGUGCCAACCCCAAUCAUUGUAUAAACCUCCAAUUCCAUGAAAACGAGUCACCAAUCUAGUGAUUUGGUAGUCAAGUGGUUUUGGUGGGGAACAAUGUAUUCCCAUUUAGCUGAAUGCUUUGGCUGUUUCUGUUGUACAAUUACAGAGUAGAAUGAAAGUAGACAUGUAGGCUACAUUGUUUAUCUUUUCUCCAAGCGUAUGUUCCUUGCUAGCAACAUUUGAUGUCUACAGUGUUGAUGAGAGUAGACCUGCUUGCAUAACUCAAGGGAUAGAGGUAGAACUGAGCUGACCUCUUAAGCAAUUUCCUGUCAUUUUUAAAGCCUUUUAAUUAGUUUGUGUGUUGGAAUCACAACAGACCUCCCUCCUCCUUUCUCUAGCUAUUUUUAUCCCUCUGCUUCUGGAGCCUGCUAGCUCCUGGGACUGUGUGUGUGUGUGUGUGUGUGUGUGUGUGUGUUAGUACACAUGCAUAUGUGCAGAAAGAUAUGUGGAGCGUGGCUUGUGGCAUGCAUGGAAUGAAAUAUUCAGGUGACAGAAAGGCAGAUUCCUCCACAUUCAGUGACAUUUUUGGUGACAUUUUCUUUAGGUGGCAGUCUGUCACAUGUCAGAUGCAUACGCGUACUGUACAUUGUUAGAGAAACAAAUAAAAGAGGGUGUGUGGAAAAGGAGGGAGAAGGGAAGAAGGGAGAGGAGGAGAACACAGCUGUUGUUGCCCACAGGCUCUGGAGCAUUCUUGCAUUAUACAAUAGGCUCUUUUUUCUUCCCCGACUUACUGCAGGAGAUUUCAAAGGCACUAGGGCUCUUCUUUAACCUGGUGUUCCAGCUGAAUGCUGGAACACAAACGGAGGACACAACCUUGUCCACGUUCACUGCACCAUAUCAACUAUAUCAAAGCCUUGACAAGGCAUUGUGAGUCCGGGCAGCGCUAGAGGCACUAAGCUGUUGGAAGGAAUCAUGCAGUGCACUCUCAGAGGAAUUCUCUGAGGCAUACCUUGACCCCCCUGCGUGUUGCUGAACCAUCAUUACAGGGAAGGAAACGUAAACAAGUGCAUUGAACAAUGAAAUUGGUUGCGUUCCCUACCUGGUAUUUACAUAUUCCUAUUCCUAUUUAUUCCUAGAAGGUCCAUACUCUCUAAUAAAUGAAUGUGACUUUAUGUAGUGCUUGGAUUAGCAAUGAAAAUAAGCCAAUGCAAAAGCAAAGCAAAAAUGGUGUCCUCUUCUAAUUGUGGAUGUGUCCAAUGUUGUCACAAUAAGGAGGGGUUUGGUAUGAGAAAAUGGACACUGAUCAUUUGGGUUCUACAGAUUGUCAGGCAUAAGACCCUUUAGUGAUAGAUGUUAUGACAUCCAUGUACAGUAUAUACAGUAGUUUUUGAAUCUUUUGUUUAUCCAGGAAGUCCCAUUGAGGUCAGGAGUAGGGCUGUUAGGGUGACUAUUACCGCCACACCAGAGGUCACAAGUCAUGAAGGGAGUCAAAUUCCACGUGACCUUUUAGUCACUGUAAUUAGGCUUCUCCAAGCUCUGAUGCUGCUGAUUGUCAUUAGCAGCCUAUCAAACUUGCUAACUUCCUGGUACUCAGCACUCUAUUGUGCCUCUAAUCACGCUGACAUCAAUGCAAACGUAAUCGAAAAUCUAAUCAAACACUCCAUGAGAGCCCAUGAGCUCAUGUUGCGCAACAUUUCUAUAGGCUAUGCAAUUGCGUGAGAAAACAGUUUUGAUGGCCUCUAUUAAAAAGAGGAGGAUCCCAUCAGCUUUCUAUAGGCUAGGCUUACUAUAUGUAUUUAUAAACUUUCCUAAUAUUAAGCACAUUGCUUUGCUUUACAACAGGAGUAUAGCCUACCUGAAAAUAAAUCACAGGAAAAGCAUCCUCCCUUUGCUAUUUAAGAGCAAGUAUUAUUUUUUUCCCAUGACCCUGUUCUGAGACAGGUGUAUGAUAAUGGUCCAUUCUAAAUCAAAACUAAUUUCAUACAUAUAUUAUUUAGUAUAUGUAAAGACAACAUUAAAUCAAGAAUAGUCUGAUGGGUGACAAUAUUAGCCUAUCACUUGUGAAUUAUGUAUUAUCACUUGUAAAUGAUGCCCAGAUUGUGCAGUAAGGCAAGAAACAGCUGACCUUUUUUUUGCUACUUUUUCCAUUUCUAGUUGUACACCUCAUGUAGCCUAGCCCAUAGACCUACAUGUUUUGAUAAGGUUUGUAUCACAACUAAAGUGGCCAAAUAACUUCUUAAAAUUAAGCACAUUAAUCUGCUUUAUAACUGGUGUGGACCCCAACUGGCAUACAUAGGCUGCGCGUGAGUUUCAAGUUUGGGGAAGAUCAUUUUCACCAUAAAAAUGCAACUUUAUAAUAAAUCAUUACAUGCAUAAUCGCAUUUGUCCUCACUUUUGAGAACAGUGCAAAUGCAAUCGAAAAUCACAUUAAACACUUAUCAUCAAAACAGCCUAUCAUACUUUUAAAACUCACCUCACUGUGAUGACAAUUAGAAGAAAGAAGUUCAACAGCAGGUUGAAGCAGUGUAAAUGAAAUGGACAGCGCUUUCUAGGGUGAUGAUUAAUUCAAAACAUCCAUAUGCAUAUUAGAGCUUAUGCAUAGGCUUCUGAGCCCAAGCCCGAAAAAAAAACAGAAUUAUGAUUUUGCCAUUAUACAAUACAUAACCUAUACUGUAUAUUACGCAUGGCAGAAAAAACUUUUUUUUUUUAAAACUGAUUUAAGAUGGACUGGUUACCAAAAUGUACACUGCUCAAAAAAAUAAAGGGAACACUAAAAUAACACAUCCUAGAUCUGAAUGAAUGAAAUAAUCUUAUUAAAUACUUUUUUCUUUACAUAGUUGAAUGUGCUGACAACAAAAUCCCACAAAAAUGAUCAAUGGAAAUCAAAUUGAUCAACCCAUGGAGGUCUGGAUUUGGAGUCACACUCAAAAUUAAAGUGGAAAACCACACUACAGGCUGAUCCAACUUUGAUGUAAUGUCCUUAAAACAAGUCAAAAUGAGGCUCAGUAGUGUGUGUGGCCUCCACGUGCCUGUAUGACCUCCCUACAACGCCUGGGCAUGCUCCUGAUGAGGUGGCGGAUGGUCUCCUGAGGGAUCUCCUCCCAGACCUGGACUAAAGCAUCCGCCAACUCCUGGACAGUCUAUGGUGCAACGUGGCGUUGGUGGAUGGAGCGAGACAUGAUGUCCCAGAUGUGCUCAAUUGGAUUCAGGUCUGGGGAACGGGCGGGCCAGUCCAUAGCAUCAAUGCCUUCCUCUUGCAGGAACUGCUGACACACUCCAGCCACAUGAGGUCUAGCGUUGUCUUGCAUUAGGAGGAACCCAGGGCCAACCGCACCAGCAUAUGGUCUCACAAGGGGUCUGAGGAUCUCAUCUCGGUACCUAAUGGCAGUCAGGCUACCUCUGGCGAGCACAUGGAGGGCUGUGCGGCCCCCCAAAGAAAUGCCACCCCACACCAUGACUGACCCACCGCCAAACCGUUCAAGCUGGAGGAUGUUGCAGGCAGCAGAACGUUCUCCACGGCGUCUCCAGACUCUGUCACAUGUGCUCAGUGUGAACCUGCUUUCAUCUGUGAAGAGCACAGGGCGCCAGUGGCGAGUUUGCCAAUCUUGGUGUUAAUAAUAAUAUGCCAUUUUAGCAGACGCUUUUAUCCAAAGCGACUUACAGUCAUGCGUGCAUAAUUUUUUUUUGUGUAUGGGUGGUCCCGGGGAUCGAACCCACUACCUUGGCGUUACAAGCGCCGUGCUCUACCAGCUGAGCUACAGAGGACCAAAUGCCAAACAUCCUGCACGGUGUUGGGCUGUAAGCACAACCCCCACCUGUGGACGUCGGGCCCUCAUACCACCCUCAUGGUGUCUGUUUCUGACCGUUUGAGCAGACACAUGCACAUUUGUGGCCUGCUGGAGGUCAUUUUGCAGGGCUCUGGCAGUGCUCCUCCUUGCACAAAGGCAGAGGUAGCGGUCCUGCUGCUGGGUUGUUGCCCUCCUACGGCCUCCUCCACGUCUCCUGAUGUACUGGCCUGUCUCCUGGUAGCGCCUCCAUGCUCUGGACACUACGCUGACAGACACAGCAAACCUUCUUGCCACAGCUCGCAUUGAUGUGCCAUCCUGGAUGAGCUGCACUACCUGAGCCACUUGUGUGGGUUGUAGACACCGUCUCAUGCUACCACUAGAGUGAAAGCACCGCCAGCAUUCAAAAGUGACCAAAACAUCAGCCAGGAAGCAUAGGAACUGAGAAGUGGUCUGUGGUCACCACCUGCAGAACCAGUCCUUUAUUGGGGGUGUCUUGCUAAUUGCCUAUAAUUUCCACCUGUUGUCUAUUCCAUUUGCACAACAGCAUGUGAAAUUUAUUGUCAAUCAGUGUUGCUUCCUAAGUGGACAGUUUAAUUUCACAGAAGUGUGAUUCAAAUCAAAUCAAAUUUUAUUGGUCACAUGCGCCGAAUACAACAGGUGCAGACAUUACAGUGAAAUGCUUACUUACAGCCCUUAACCAACAGUGCAUUUAUUUUAAACCAAAAAAGUAAGAAUAAAACAACAACAAAAAAAAGUGUUGAGAAAAAAAGAGCAGAAGUAAAAUAAAGUGACAGUAGGGAGGCUAUAUAUACAGGGGGGUACCGUUGCAGAGUCAAUGUGCGGGGGCACCGGCUAGUUGAGGUAGUUGAGGUAAUAUGUAUAUGUGGGUAGAGUUAAAGUGACUAUGCAUAAAUACUUAACAGAGUAGCAGCAGCGUAAAAAGGAUGGGGUGGGGGGGCAGUGCAAAUAGUCCGGGUAGCCAUGAUUAGCUGUUCAGGAGUCUUAUGGCUUGGGGGUAGAAGCUGUUGAGAAGUCUUUUGGACCUAGACUUGGCACUCCGGUACCGCUUGCCGUGCGGUAGCAGAGAGAACAGUCUAUGACUAGGGUGGCUGGAGUCUUUGACAAUUUUGAGGGCCUUCCUCUGACACCGCCUGGUAUAGAGGUCCUGGAUGGCAGGAAGCUUUGCCCCAGUGAUGUACUGGGCCGUACGCACUACCCUCUGUAGUGCCUUGCGGUCGGAGGCCAAGCAGUUGCCAUACCAGGCGGUGAUGCAACCAGUCAGGAUGCUCUCGAUGGUGCAGCUGUAUAAUUUUUUGAGGAUCUGAGGACCCAUGCCAAAUCUUUUUAGUCUCCUGAGGGGGAAUAGGCUUUGUCGUGCCCUCUUCAUGACUGUCUUGGUGUGUUUGGACCAUGAUAGUUCGUUGGUGAUGUGGACACCAAGGAACUUGAAGCUCUCAACCUGUUCCACUACAGCCCCGUCGAUGAGAAUGGGGGCGUGCUCAGUACUCUUUUUUUUCCUGUAGUCCACAUCAUCUCCUUUGUCUUGGUCACGUUGAGGGAGAGGUUGUUGUCCUGGCACCACACGGCCAGAUCUCUGACCUCCUCCCUAUAGGCUGUCUCAUCGUUGUCGGUGAUCAGGCCUACCACUGUUGUGUCGUCGGCAAACUUAAUGAUGGUGUUGGAGUCGUGCCUGGCCAUGCAGUCAUGGGUGAACAGAGAGUACAGGAGGGGACUGAGCACGCACCCCUGAGGGGCCCCCGUGUUGAGGAUCAGUGUGGCAGAUGUGUUGUUACCUACCCUUACCACCUGGGGGCGGCCCGUCAGGAAGUCCAGGAUCCAGUUGCAGAGGGAGGUGUUUAGUCCCAGGAUCCUUAGCUUAGUGAUGAGCUUAGAGGGCACUAUGGGGUUGAAUGCUGAGCUGUAGUCAAUGAAUAGCAUUCUCACGUAGGUGUUCCUCUUGUCCAGGUGGGAAAGGGCAGUGUGGAGUGCGAUAGAGAUUGCAUCAUCUGUGGAUCUGUUGGGGCGGUAUGCAAAUUGGAGUGGGUCUAGGGUUUCUGGGAUUAUGCUGUUGAUGUGAGCCAUGACCAGUCUUUCAAAGCACUUCAUGGCUACAGACGUCAGUGCUACGGGUCGGUAGUCAUUUAGGCAGGUUAUCUUAGAGUUCUUGGGCACGGGGACUAUGGUGGUCUGCUUGAAACAUGUUGGUAUUACAGACUCAGUCAGGGACAUGUUGAAAAUGUCAGUGAAGACACUUGCCAGUUGGUCAGCACAUGCUCGGAGUACACGUCCUGGUAAUCCGUCUGGCCCUGCGGCCUUGUGAAUGUUGACCUGCUUAAAAGUCUUACUCACAUCGGCUACGGAGAGCGUGAUCACAUAGUCAUCCGGAACAGCUGGUGCUCUCAUGCAUGCUUCAGUGUUGCUUGCCUCGAAGCGAGCAUAGAAGUGGUUUAGCUCGUCUGGUAGGCUUGUGUCACUGGGCAGCUCGCGGCUGUGCUUCCCUUUGUAGUCUGUAAUAGUUUUCAAGCCCUGCCACAUCCGACGAGCGUCAGAGCCAGUGUAGUAUGAUUCAAUCUUAGACCUGUAUUGACUCUUUGCCUGUUUGAUGGUUCGUCAGAGGUCAUAGCGGGAUUUCUUAUAAGCGUCCGGGUUAGAGUCCCGUUCCUUGAAAGCGGCAGCUCUACCCUUUAGCUCAGUGCGGAUGUUUCCUGUAAUCCAUGGCUUCUGGUUGGGGUAUGUACGUACGGUCACUGUGGGGACGACAUCAUCGAUGCACUUAUUGAUGAAGCCAGUGACUGAUGUGGUGUACUCCUCAAUGCUGUCUGAAGAAUCCCGGAACAUGUUCCAGUCUGUGCUAGCAAAACAGUCCUGUAGCUUAGCAUCUGCGUCAUCUGACCACUUUUUUAUUAACCGAAUCACUGGUGCUUCCUGCUUCAGUUUUUGCUUAUAAGCAGGAAUCAGGAGGAUAGAGUUAUGGUCAGAUUUGCCAAAUGGAGGGCGAGGGAGAGCUUUGUAUGCGUCUCUGUGUGUGGAGUAAAGGUGGUCUAGAGUUUUUUUUCCCUCUGGUUGCACAUUUAACAUGCUGGUAGAAAUUAGGUAGAACGGAUUUAAGUUUCCCUGCAUUAAAGUCCCCGGCCACUAGGAGCGCUGCAUCUGGAUGAGCGUUUUCCUGUUGAUUAAUGGCCUUGUACAACUCAUUCAGUGCAAUCUUAAUGCCAGCAUUGGUUUGUGGUGGUAAAUAGACAGCUAUGAAAAAUAUAGAUGAAAACUCUCUUGGUAAAUAGUGUGGUCUACAGCUUAUCAUAAGAUACUCUACCUCAGGCGAGCAAAACCUCGAGACUUCCUUAGUAUUUGAUUUUGUGCACCAGCUGUUGUUUACAAAUAUACACAGACCGCCACCCCUUGUCUUACCAGAGUCAGCCGUUCUGUCCUGCCGAUGUAGCGUAUAGCCUGCUAGCUGAAUGUUAUCAUUGUUGUCGUUCAGCCACGACUCCGUGAAACAUAAGAUAUUACAGUUUUUAAUGUCCCGUUGGUAGGAUAACCGUAAUCUUAAAUCGUCCAUUUUAUUCUCAAAAGAUUGAACGUUGGCUAAUAGGAUUGAUGGAAGAGGCAGUUUACUCGCUCGCCGUCGGAUCCUUACAAGGCAUCCGGAUAUGCGUCCGCGAUAUCUCCAUCUCUUCCUCACGCGAAUGACGGGGAUUUGGGCCUUGUCGGGUGUCUGUAUGAUAUCCUUCGCGGCCGCCUCGUUGAAGAAAAAAUCUUCGUCCAAUGCGAGGUGAGUAAUCGCUGUCCUGAUAUCCAGAAGCUCUUUUUGGUUAUAAGAGACGAUGGCAGAAACAUUAUGUACAAAAUAAAUUACAAAUAACGCGGAAAAACACACAUAAUAGUACAAUUGGUUUGAGGGCUGUAAAACGGCAGCCAUCUUCUCCGGCGCUGUAUAUAUGAUUGACUUGGAGUUACAUUGUGUUGUUUAAGUGUUCCCUUUAUUUUUUUGAGCAGUGUAUAUCCAUGAGUCUGGGAGAGAACGCAUAGCCCUAGGCGGUGCUGUUGGUUCAUGGAUUGUGCAGGGCGGCUUACAGUUAGCCUACAAUUAGUGAAUUUGCAUUUGAUUUUGAAUAGCCUAGUAAUAGGGAAAAUUUUAUAUUUUCAUAAUUAAUUGGGUGACACAUUACCUUUAACUACAUACUAUCUCACCACCAUGCGUUUUCAUCUCCUCUUCUCUCUCCUUUAUUCAUUUCUCGAGCGCACGGACGGGCUGUCAACAGUUUAGUGAAAUGUGUUUCGUUGCGAAAACAUGUUACAAUCGAUGUUCCCGAACAGAUUUCACUUGGUUUCCCAAAUUAAGCAAUGAGAGCCCAUGUCAUACAGAGUUUGGGUGGAAUGUCACAUGUCAGGCAGCAAGAGCAUACUCCUCAAACAGUGGUUGAUGCAUGGAUUGCAAUAAGUGUUCUUGUAUUUAUUUCUCAGCUGCUGUUAUUAAACACAGCUCCACUAUAAAACCGAAAUAGCCUACAAAACGGACUGGCGGGAAAGCUCGCGGCCUCCAUUCCCUAUUUAAGUGCAUACAGAUUACAUUACUUUUCCCCCCUGCCCCUGUUCCUGCCGUUUCAUAACGGCCAAUUCUAAAUCGAAACUAAUUUUACAUAUUAGUAAAGACAAGAUUAAAUGUAGAAUAGUUGAUGGGUGAAAAUCACUUGAUGAGAGAACAGCUGUGCAGCCUGAGGAAAGGAACAUUGCGCAAGCUUUUUUUUGCUUCUUUCUCAAAUCAUCAAUAGCCUGUAGUCGCAUCAUGCAGUCCAUAUACGUUUUGAUUUCUAAGACAUUCUAAGGUUUGUAUCAUUCACAACUAAAGUUGCCAAAUAACGCUAAAUCUAGCAUACUUUUAUGCUCAAUAUAGCCAUGUCAUAUGCGCACCAAAAUGCUUUCAAUUUUUUCCCAGCUAAAUUCAAUUAUGUUUUUCUUACUAUAAAAUCAUAUAAAAUAAUGGCACGGGACUUAUAAGCAUAUCUUGUCAGCUAAAUUAACAAGCCUAUGGCAUGGAGCAUAACCAGAUAACAUACAGAAGGACAACUCAUAUACAGUGAGGGAAAAAGGUAUUUGAUCCCCUGCUGAUUUUGUACGUUUUCCCACUGACAAAGAAAUGAUCAGUCUAUAAUUUUAAUGGUAGGUUUAUUUGAACAGUGAGAGACAGAAUAACAACAACAAAAAUCCAGAAAAACGCAUGUCAAAAAUGUUAUAAAUUGAUUUGCAUUUUAAAGAGGGAAAUAAGUAUUUGACCCCCUCUCAAUCAGAAAGAUUUCUGGCUCCCAGGUGUCUUUUAUACAGGUAACGAGCUGAGAUUAGGAGCACACUCUUAAAGGGAGUGCUCCUAAUCUCAGUUUGUUACCUGUAUAAAAGACACCUGCCCACAGAAGCAAUCAAUCAAUCAGAUUCCAAACUCUCCACCAUGGCCAAGACCAAAGAGCUUUCCAAGGAUGUCAGGGACAAGAUUGUAGACCUACACAAGGCUGGAAUGGGCUACAAGACCAUCGCCAAGCAGCUUGGUGAGAAGGUGACAAUAGUUGAUGUGAUUAUUUGCAAAUGGAAGAAACACAAAAGACCUGUCAAUCUCCUUUGGCCUGGGGCUCCAUGCAAGAUCUCACCUCGUGGAGUUGCAAUGAUCAUGAGAACGGUGAGGAAUCAGCCCAGAACUACACGGGAGGAUCUUGUCAAUGAUCUCAAGGCAGCUGGGACCAUAGUCACCAAGAAAACAAUUGGUAACACACUACGCCGUGAAGGACUGAAAUCCUGCAGCGCCCGCAAGGUCCCCCUGCUCAAGAAAGCACAUAUACACGGCCAUCUGAAGUUUGCCAAUGAACAUCUGAAUGAUUCAGAGGAGAACUGGGUGAAAGUGUUGUGGUCAGAUGAGACCAAAAUCGAGCUCUUUGGCAUCAACUCAACUCGCCGUGUUUGGAGGAGGAAGAAUGCUGCCUAUGACCCCAAGAACACCAUCCCCACCGUCAAACAUGGAGGUGGAAACAUUAUGCUUUGAGGGUGUUUUUCUGCUAAGGGGACAGGACAACUUCACCGCAUCAAAGGGACGAUGGACGGGGCCAUGUACCGUCAAAUCUUGGGUGAGAACCUCCUUCCCUCAGCCAGGGCAUUGAAAAUGGGUCGUGGAUAGGUAUUCCAGCAUGAAAAUGACCUAAAACACACGGCCAAGGCAACAAAGGAGUGGCUCAAGAAGAAGCACAUUAAGGUCCUGGAGUGGCCUAGCCAGUCUCCAGACCUUAAUCCCAUAGAAAAUCUGUGGAGGGAGCUGAAGGUUCGAGUUGCCAAACGUCAGCCUCGAAACCUUAAUGACUUGGAGAAGAUCUGCAAAGAGGAUUGGAACAAAAUCCCUCCUGAUAUGUGUGCAAACCUGGUGGCCAACUACAAGAAACGUCUGACCUCUGUGAUUGCCAACAAAGGUUUUGCCACCAAGUACUAAGUCAUGUUUUGCAGAGGGGUCAAAUACUUAUUUCCCUCAUUAAAAUGCAAAUCAAUUUAUAACAUUUUUUACAUGCGUUUUUCUGGAUUAUUUUGUUGUUAUUCUGUCUCUCACUGUUCAAAUAAACCUACCAUUAAAAUUAUAGACUGAUCAUGUCUUUGUCAGUUAUUCUGUCUCUCACUGUUCAAAUAAACCUACCAUUAAAAUUAUAGACUGAUCAUGUCUUUGUCAGUGGGCAAACGUACAAAAUCAGCAGGGGAUCAAAUACUUUUUUCCCUCACUGUAUAUGUGAUGGUGUAUAUUAAAUUGAUAUAUUAUACUUUUUUUAUGUAGAUGUUCUAAAGGCGCACAUCAGCGGCUUGUAUGUGUGGAGGCCUGGAGAUGCUAAAAGUGUUUAUGUUAAUUAAUGGUAAAUUACCGUGAGACCUGGCAGUCUUUUGCAUGACAAUAACCAGCUGACAAAAUUUCAUGACCGCCACAGCCCUAGUCAGGAGACUUCAUUUACCAGGGAGACCUUGUCACUGUUAUGUCAGACCACUUUAAUCUAACUGUUUCUCUGUUGUUCCAGCAGCACCCAGCAGGGUUGGAGGCUAUCAGCCCCAGUGAGGAGGUGACUGACAUGGAGGACAAUGAGGAAGAGGACCUGGGAGUGUUGGACGACCAGCGGAGCAUCAUCCUGCACCUCCUCUCCCAGCUCAAACUGGGCAUGGACCUCACCCGGGUAAGACAGCCAAUGCUCUCUGCUCUCUUCAUGUCUUUUCCUUUGAAUGUUAGAGAUGGUAUGGCCAACACAACGCUUACUGGUUCACUGAAUAGAUUAUGUAGAAAUGUCUUGAUUCCUUUUUACGACAGCCAACGCUCUCUGUUCUCUCUUCAUAGUUUUCCCUUGGAAUGUUAGAGCUGGUAAUGCCAACGCAAUGUUUACUGGUUCACUCACUGAAUAGGAAUGUCUUGAUUCUUGUUUUAGGAAGUACAGCUUACAGUUAUGUACUGGUAUGUCCAUUUGAAUAUAAUCAUCAAUGGCAUCAAAACAAUCAUGGAAUGACACUAAAAAGGCUUUUAGUUCAAAUUAUGACUAGUGCUCCUCUUUAUUACUGUUCCCUAUCAGCACUCUAGUGAAGUGUCUCCCUCAUGCAGUUUAUCGGUCGCCUCCCGCCCUGUUUACUAGGUGGUGCUACCCACCUUCAUCCUGGAGAAGCGCUCCCUGCUGGAGAUGUAUGCUAAUUUCAUGGCCCACCCGGACAUGUUCCUGUCCAUCACGGCUGGCGCCACGGCGGAGGACCGCAUCGUACGCUUCGUCGAGUACUACCUUACCGCCUUCCACGAGGGCCGCAAAGGAGCUGUGGCCAAGAAGCCCUACAACCCGGCACUGGGUGAGACCUUCCACUGUUCCUGGGAGGUGCCACGGGACAGAGUGAGGCCCCUCAGGUCUCAGAGCCCCAGGGAACCAGCCUCCAGGGGCCCCAACAACACCCAACAGCAGGACGAUCCGUCGGGGACCGAGUGUUACCGCGUUCGCUUCAUAGCCGAGCAGGUGUCCCACCACCCGCCUGUCUCAGGGUUCUACUGCGAGUGCCCAGAGAGGAGGAUGUGUGUCAGUGCCCACGUGUGGACGAGAAGCAAGUUCAUGGGCAUGUCCAUUGGUGUGUCCAUGAUAGGGGAAGGUGAGUGAAUUGAUGUGCUUCAGGUUCAUUGAGGCUCAGUUAAAAGCUGGCACCAUAAGUACAGUGAGGGAAAAAAGUAUUUGAUCCCAUGCUGAUUUUUUUAUGUUUGCCCACUGACAAAUACAUGAUCAGUCUAUAAUUUUAAUGGUAGGUUUAUUUGAAGUGAGAGACAGAAUAACAACAAAAGAAUCCAGAAAAACGCAUGUCAAAAAUGUUAUUAAUUGAUUUGCAUUUUAAUGAGGGAAAUAAGUAUUUGACCCCUCUGCAAAACAUGACUUAGUACUUGGUGGCAAAACCUUUGUUGGCAAUCACAGAGGUCAGACGUUUCUUGUAGUUGGCCACCAGAUUUGCACACAUCUCAAGAGGGGUUUUGUCCCACUCCUCUUUGCAGAUCUUCUCCAAGUCAUUAAGUUUUCGAGCCUGACGUUUGGCAACUCGAACCUUCAGCUCCCUCCACAGAUUUUCUAUGGGAUUAAGGUCUGGAGACUGGCUAGGCCACUCCAGGACCUUAAGGUGCUUCUUCUUGAGCCACUCCUUUGUUGCCUUGGCCGUGUGUUUUGUGUCAUUGUCAUGCUGGAAUACCCAUCCACGACCCAUUUUCAAUGCCCUGGCUGAGGGAAGGAGGUUCUCACCCAAGAUUUGACGGUACAUGGCCCCGUCCAUCGUCCCUUUGAUGCGGUGAAGUUGUCCUGUCCCCUUAGCAGAAAAACACCCCCAAAGCAUAAUGUUUCCACCUCCAUGUUUGACGGUGGGGAUGGUGUUCUUGGGGUCAUAGGCAGCAUUCCUCCUCCUCCAAACACGGCGAGUUGAGUUGAUGCCAAAGAGCUCGAUUUUGGUCUCAUCUGACCACAACACUUUCACCCAGUUCUCCUCUGAAUCAUUCAGAUGUUCAUUGGCAAACUUCAGACGGGCCUGUAUAUGUGCUUUCUUGAGCAGGGGGACCUUGCGGGCGCUGCAGGAUUUCAGUCCUUCACGGCGUAGUGUGUUACCAAUUGCUUUCUUGGUGACUAUGGUCCCAGCUGCCAUUGAGAUCAUUGACAAGAUCCUCCCGUGUAGUUCUGGGCUGAUUCCUCACCGUUCUCAUGAUCAUUGCAACUCCACGAGGUGAGAUCUUGCAUGGAGCUCCAGGCCGAGGGAGAUUGACAGUUAUUUUGUGUUUCUUCCAUUUGCAAAUAAUCGCACCAACUGUUGUCACCUUCUCACCAAGCUGCUUGAUGAUGGUCUUGUAGCCCAUUCCAGCCUUGUGUAGGUCUACAAUCUUGUCCCUCACAUCCUUGGAGAGCUCUUUGGUCUUGGCCAUGGUGGAGAGUUUGGAAUCUGAUUGAUUGCUUCUGUGGACAGGUGUCCACACAAGCUGCUCCUAAUCUCAGCUCGUUACCUGUAUAAAAGACCUGGGAGCCAGAAAUCUUUCUGAUUGAGAGGGGGUCAAAUACUUAUUUCCCUCAUUAAAAUGCAAAUCAAUUUAUAACAUUUUUGACAUGCGUUUUUCUGGAUUUUUGUUGUUGUUAUUCUGUCUCUCACUGUUCAAAUAAACCUACCAUUAAAAUUAUAGACUGAUCAUUUUUUGUCAGUGGGCAAACGUACAAAAUCAGCAGGGGAUCAAAUACUUUUUUCCCUCACUGUACAUGAUUGAGUUCAAAUCAUAUACUUUUCUUAAGCUUAUGCUCAUGUUUUGGAAUAUACAUGGAGAUACAGUUGGUGGCAGUUUGAAUGGCAUUAGCAACGCGAAUGCCCCGACCCACCUGAGGAUCUGUCUUUUUCAGCCACCUAUUUCCUGUGUUUGAGGGGUGCAAAAGUCUUGUCACUUAAAUCUCGUUAGAUUGAUUGCUUUCAUUUUACUCCUGCGACUCUUUCAUACUCUUGCUUGUGCCUGUAGUUUUUUCCCCAUUACCGUUACGAUCACGGAGAUGUUUGUAAUGACCUGUCAAACACACCCCUAAUGGCUGAAAUGGUCUCAAUGGAAUACAUUGUCUUUCCGUUGCAUCUAUAAGAACGCUAAAGCUUUGUCUGGGAUUAAACGCAUCGUCUCGACACAUCACAAGAAAGAGAAGAAAGACAACUUUAUUUUGAUGGAUGUCAAUUAUUUGUGGAAUUGAAAAAGUAAUACUUUUAAUACAGUUGAAAUGUUUACAAAUUAGAUGCGCUAAAAUGAAAAUAACUUCCGAAAAUGAACACUCGGAUUAUAAUUAUAUUAUUUCUCAUUUCGCAAACAAUGUAAAGUAUGUAUGGAGAGGUGUUUUCUAGAGCCAAGCGUGUUGAUUUUUAAUCCGAUGGUAUCCUGCUAUUGAUACACAUGUUGAAUUAUGCAACAGAACGUGACAACAACAGUAAUUAAUGAGUCAGUCUAGACAGAGCAGGUGAGUGCAGGAAGGCAGAGCACGUAUUUGGUGGUUGCAGCCUUGUUCCAUUCCUUUAUGUUAAUAUAUUCAUAUAUGCAAAAACAAUACACCAUGUACUUAUGCAAAUUAAGGUAUUAUCAUUUGAUUUAUUUUAACAGAAAAUAUUUUAAAAAAUACCUGAUACCUUUAGAAAAAAAGGUGAGAUCUUACAAUAAAUUGAAUACCUGAGUUCCCACCACAAUCCCUGAACUCCAUAAAUUAUUUGCCCGUGCCAGAAAUGUUUUAUGUGCUAUAAUUCAGUCAAUAUCCGAUGUAUUUUUUUAAUGGUAAAAGUUUGGAGUAUCUUCAUCCAUUGUCCAACUGUUGCAUUUAUUAGAAUUGUUUUUAACAGAUCUCAUAAACUCCUGAGUGGCGCAGUGGUCUAAGGCACUGCAUCGCAGUGCUAACUGUGCCACUAGAGAUCCUGGUUCGAAUCCAGGCUCUGCUGUAGCCGGCCGCAACCGGGAGACCAAUGGGGCGGUGCACAAUUGGCCCAGCGUCGUCCAGGGUAGGGGAGGGAAUGGCCGGCAGGGAUGUAGCGUUGAUAGAGCAUGGCGUUUGCAAUGCCAGGGUUGUGGGUUCGAUUCCCACGGGGGGCCAGUAUAAAAAAAUAUGUAUUCACUAACUGUAAGUCGCUCUGGAUAAGAGAGUCUGCUAAAUGACUAAAAUGUAAAUGUAAAUGUUUAAAACCUUUCAACAAUUUUGAUUACUGUUGCUAAUGGCAUCUACAGCAGCCAGUUUUACUCUCAUACCUAUCCAUUGUGCAUAGUCCUAUUGCACAAUGGAAGGGUAUGAGAGUUCUCUGAUGACAAUCAAUACAUGAGUCCUCUAUCUGCUGUCAUGACGCCACAAUGUAGGCUUUUCUGAAUGAGUCACACUGAUGGAAUACAGGAAGCCCUUGUAUACAGAUUCAGUUGAUUCAGUUCAUGUUAUACUGAUUCACCACGACCAGACAAUAUUCUCAUGUGUCCUUUUUAAUGCCUGGUGAGUCAUACCACAGGAUUUGUGCAUUCACUGUGGGAUUACUUUUGAAGCACAAUGUUGACCCGCUCACAUUUAGAGGCCUGUGUGGUUUGGCAUCUUUAUGAGUAAUGUGCCUCUAAUGAAAAUAUAAAUAUUUUUUGAGCGGACAAUAUUUAGUGCUGCAUUGAUUGGUGCUGAUUAAGAUGAUGUCUGAUGGAGAGGAGAGUACAGUAAGCAUGUGUCAGAUACAAUCUGCUCCUGCUGUGAUUUGCGGUGGCUGUGGGUUGUCAUGGACAGCACGGUGGGUUGCCAUGGACAGCACGGUGGGUUGUCAUGCACAGCACGGUGGGUCGAUGUGGGUGUUUAGCUAAAAAGAGGAUAAGAUGAUGUCUGAUGGAGAGGAGAGUACAGGAAGCAUGUGUCAGAUACAAUCUGCUCCUGCUGUGAUUUGCGGUGGCUGUGGGUUGUCAUGGACAGCACGGUGGGUCGAUGUGGGUGUUUAGCUAAAAAGAGGAUAAAUUGUGUCUGUACUGACGGUAUUAUAAAUGCUAGAUUGUUAUGCCUUAAUGCUCUCAACCAAAGACAGUAUUAAUUCAGUGACAUUGGACAUAUAGUACAGUACAUUGCAUACACAGUAUGAAGAGGUGGACAAGGUAAGACAAGGGGGUCGAGGAGGGAUCGAUUGUGAAGGAAAUGUUUCCCACUUGUAAUAUAGCCAAACUAGUGUAUGCAAGCCAGUUAUGUGAUGACCUUCCACAUGAUUUCUCUCCUGACUCAAUUAGGGUGUUUUCACACAUAGUCCUCUUAAAAGAACAGAUCUCAUUCCUCUUUAAAGUGAACUGUGGGGUAAAAAAAAGCAAAACAACUCAGUUCUCUUUGUAUUCACGCUGCCCUUGCCUUUGAAUGAGGACUCAACUCUUUUGCCAGUUCACUUCACCAAUGCUGUGGUCUGAGUCCUCUUUGCAUUCACAUUGCUAUGUUUAGAAAGGAACCAAGAUCUUUUUCCAACAUUCACUCAAUGCACUCUGGGUUUUUACAAGGUGCAGGACAAGCCAUUCCAUCAGAAUGUGUUAUCGGACAGCUAGAUUUUACAUUUUUUACAUUUUAGUCAUUUAGCAGACGCUCUUAACCAGAGCUACUUACAGGAGCAAUUAGGGUUAAGUGCCUUGCUCAAGGGCACAUUAACGUCAUUUAGCAGACGCUCUUAGCCAGAGCGACUCACAAAUUGGUGCGUUCACCCUAUAGCCAGUGGGAUAACCACUUUACAAUUUGGGGGGGGGGGGGGUUAGAAGGAAUACUUUAUCCUAUCCCAGGUAUUCCUUAAAGAGGUGGGGUUUCAAAUGUCUCCGGAAGGUGGUGAGUGACUCCGCUGUCCUGGCGUCGUGAGGGAGCUUGUUCCACCACUGGGGUGCCAGAGCAGCGAACAGUUUUGACUGGGCUGAGCGGGAGCUAUGCUUCCGCAGAGGAAGGGGAGCCAGCAGGCCAGAGGUGGAUGAACGCAAUGUCCUCGUUUGGGUGUAGGGACUGAUCAGAGCCUGAAGGUACAGAGGUGCCGUUCCCCUCACUGCUCCAUAGGCAAGCACCAUGGUCUUGUAGCGGAUGCGAGCUUCAACUGGAAGCCAGUGGAGUGUGCGGAGGAGGGGGGGUGACGUGAGAGAACUUGGGAAGGUUGAACACCAGACGGGCUGCGGCAUUCUGGAUGAGUUGUAGGGGUUUAAUGGCACAGGCAGGGAGCCCAGCCAACAGCGAGUUGCAAUAGUCCAGACGGGAGAUGACAAGUGCCUGGACCAGGACCUGCACCGCUUCCUGUGUAAGGCAGGGUCGCACUCUCCGAAUGUUGUAGAGCAUGAACCUGCAGGAGCGGGUCACCGCCUUGAUGUUGGCGGAGAACGACAGGGUGUUGUCCAGGGUCACGCCUAGGCUCUUCGCACUCUGGGAGGAGGACACAGCGGAGUUGUCAACCGUGAUGGCGAGAUCAUGGAACGGGCAGUCCUUCCCCGGGAGGAAGAGCAGCUCCGUCUUGCCAUGGUUCAGCUUGAGGUGGUGAUCCGUCAUCCAUACUGAUAUGUCUGCCAGACAUGCAGAGAUGCGAUUCGCCACCUGGUUAUCAGAAGGGGGAAAGGAGAAGAUUAGUUGUGUAUCAUCAGCGUAGCAAUGAUAGGAAAGGCCAUGUGAGGAUAUGACAGAGCCAAGUGACUUGGUGUAUAGGGAGAAAAGGAGAGGGCCCAGAACCGAUCCCUGGGGGACACCAGUGGUGAGAGCACGUGGUGCGGAGACAGCUUCCCGCCACGCCACUUGGUAGGAGCGACCGGUCAGGUAGGACGCAAUCCAGGAGUGAGCCGCGCCGGAGAUGCCCAUCUCGGAGAGGGUGGAGAGGAGGAUCUGAUGGUUCACAGUAUCAAAGGCAGCAGACAGGUCUAGAAGGACAAGAGCAGAGGAGAGAGAGUUAGCUUUAGCAGUGCGGAGAGUCUCCGUGACACAGAGAAGAGCAGUCUCAGUUGAAUGACCAGUCCUGAAACCUGAUUGGUUUGGAUCAAGAAGGUCAUUCUGAGAGAGAUAGCAGGAGAGUUGGCUAAAGACGGCACGCUCAAUAGUUUUGGAAAGAAAAGAAAGAAGGGAUACUGGUCUGUAGUUGUUGACAUCAGUGGGGUCGAGUGUUGGUUUUUUGAGAAGGGGAGUAACUCUCGCUCUCUUGAAGACGGAAGGGACAUGGCCAGCGGUCAAGGAUGAGUUGAUCAGCGAGGUGAGGUAGGGGAGAAGGUCACCGGAGAUGGUCUGGAGAAGGGAGGAGGGGAUGGGGUCAAGCGGGCAGGUUGUUGGGCGGCCUGCAGUCACAAGUCGCAGGAUUUUAUCUGGAGAGAGAGGGGAGAAAGAAGUCAAAGCAUAGGGUAGGGCAGUGUGAGCAGGACCAGCAGUGUCAUUAGACUUAACAAACGAGGAUCGGAUGUCGUCAACCUUCUUUUCAAAGUGGUUGACGAAGUCAUCCACAGAGAGAGAGAGGGGGGGGGGGGGGGGGGGGGGGGGGGAUUCAGGAGGGAGGAAAAUGUGGCAAAGAGCUUCCUAGGGUUAGAGGCAGAUGCUUGGAAUUUAGAGUGGUAGAGAUUAGAGAUAUACCUACUAACAUUUUGGAAGCUAAUAGAUUGCAUUUAGUUAAAAGAGGAGACAAUCAUUGUAAUCAGAAGAUACUAUUAACAUGUAAAUAUUAUUGGUAACAGAAUAAAUAGCAGAAGAAUAACUGCAGAUUAAAUAAUGCUGUAAUCGGAAAUUGUACACCCAAUGUAGGCUACCGCCCCUUUAAGAGCUAGAAUGGAUUUUGUACCCCGUGUUGUGAUUCUCACCAAAUAUGUUGGUGUAUUCUCACACUAUUCAAACCCUUCAAUCGAAUAAACAGCUUAUGAAGCUCUCUUAGCCUAUAGAUCACAUAUUGCAAACAAAUAAUCUGAACUAAAAACUCGACACGUUUUGGAAUUUCUGUGCAUCCUUGACAAUCGCUAAUCAAUAGGCCUAACCAAAAACAGCACACGUUUUUUCUGCAAAUCUGCACAUCAUCAUCUUCUCUCUAUUGUGGCACUAAUGUGAGAGGGUUUAUUGCAGUAGUCUAGUGUGUGGUGCAGGAAUAAUGACAAGCAAACCUGGGGAACUUUGUGUUCACAUUGCCCUAAAAAAGGGAACUGGACCACGGAAUUCAAGCGAACCGAACUCAGACCGCCUCUUGAGAUGGUCUCAGUUCAGUUCGCUUCGGGGGCUCUUUUGAGGGGUCUGAGUUCUUUGGAGUGUUUACACUGCACAAAAAAUUAAGCAAACCAAUUUGAGUUCACAAAAACUCUUAAAGGGACCAAGUGUGAAAACACCCUUAUACUAUUUAGCAAUAAUAUUUAUAUUUAUUUUAUUUAUUUUACCCUUAUUUUCCCAGGCAAGUUGACAGAACAGUCUCAUUUACAGCAACGACCUGGGGAAUAGUUACAGGGGAGAGGAGGGGGGAUGAAUGAGCCAAUUGGAAGCUGGGGAUGAUUAGGUGGCCAUGAUGGUUUGAGGGCCAGAUUGGGAAUUUAGACAGGACACUGGGGUUAACACCCCUACUCUUACGAUAAGUGCCAUGGGAUCUUUAGUGACCACAGAAUCAGUGCAUGGGGCGAUGUGGGGUCAUGCACAGUGGGUGUCCACUGUUCUGCCUCAGUAACAGGAAAAACCUUGGCUAAUGAUGCUCACCAUUAAUGUUGUUAAUGAGGCACUGUUGUCAGCAUGCUUUUUUCUGUUAAACUCAAUCACUAAUGAAGAUUGAACGUUGGAGAGGUCACAUUUCACAGGCAUUUUCUACCCAGCUUAAACAUUAAUCUUAGAAGAGUAUAUUUAUGGUACGGAGAUACUGUAUCUUGCAAAGGAUUUUCACUUGUAGUCUCUGCAAAAGCUUCUGCAGUAUUCUAUGGCAUGUACAGUUUUUUUUAGACAUUCAGGUAAAUAAAUGACGGGCGCUUGGCUACUUACCACCAUGUACUAGGAUAGCCAGUUCCCAGAUCUGUUUGUGCUAUCAUGUCAACUCCUUGUUAGUUGUCACUCAUUGUCUUAACCAAACAUGAACAAAUGUUUGCAAGAGGUGGCAACAGAGCAGAAACUGCCUGGGACCAGACUUGCACCAGUGAGAUGCUGACCCUUUGAUCUUUCCCACUCUGCUCCCCAGGGACCUUAUGCCUUCUGGAGCAUGACGAGGAGUAUGUCUUCACUCUGCCCUGUGCCUACGCCCGCUCCAUCCUCACCGUGCCAUGGGUGGAGCUAGGUGGCAAAGUCACCAUCAGCUGUGCCAAGAGUGGCUACUCAGCCACCGUCACAUUCCACACCAAGCCUUUCUAUGGAGGGAAGGUACACAGGUGGGUCUCUGAAUGUGUGAGAGUGUGUGAGUGAGAGAGAGAAGAAGAGGAAGAGGGCGAGAGCGAGAGAUUGCUUUGGCAAUGUAAACAUACUGUGUUUCCCAUGCCAAUAAAGCCCUUUGAAUUGAAUUGAAUUGAAUUGAAUUGAAUUCAGAGAGAGAGAGGAUUUGAACACUGUAUUGAAAUGAUUUGAACGUCAUAAUUUCAAAUCUAUUUUGAAUGGUAAAUAAUCUGUUGUGUCAUUCUGUCAUACUUUUAUUGUGAAUAAGAAUAGAAUAUGUUUCUAAACACUUCUACUACAUUAAUGGGGAUGCUACCAUGAUUACGGAUAAUCAUGAAUGAAUCGUGAAUAAUGAUGAGUGAGAAAGUUACAGAGGCAUAAAUAUCAAACAUAUUCUUAUUUACUAUAUAAGUGGCUCCAAAAUGACACUACAUUAUUUACCAUUUAUUUAUAUUGGGCACAAAAUAAACUGAAACACAACCAAAACAAACUGCAAAUGCAUCCAACAAAUUUGUAGAGUCACAAACAUGAUGUAGUCAUUGCGUGCUAUAAAUAUGGGACAUAAGUGAAUUUGUCCAAAUACUUUGUUCCCUUAAAUGAGGGGACUAUGUACAAAAAGUGCUGUAAUUUCUAAACGGUUCACCCAAUAUGUAUGAAAAAAUCCUCAAAUUAAAGCUGACAGUCUGCACUUUAACCUCGUAGUCUUUUAAUAAUUUCAACGUGCUGAAGUACAGAGCCAAAACAACAACACGUGUCACUGUCCAAAUACUUUUGGACCUCACUGUAAUUCGAUAUUACUAUGGCAGUACAAUGUAUCAUAAGAGUAAUGUUGAGCAAUGAUGGGCUGCCACUAAGUACAUCUUCUGAACAUCGCUGCUAAAUUUUCCUCUCAGGGUGACUGCAGAAGUCAAACACAACCCGACCAACACCAUUGUGUGCAAGGCCCAGGGGGAGUGGAACGGAACCCUGGAGUUCACCUAUAGCAGCGGGGAGACCAAAGUGAUUGACACAGCCAAAUUGCCAAUCAUCAAGAAGAAGCUCCGGCCUGUGGAGAAGCAGGGACAGAAUGAGUCCAGGUAAGAUGCUCCUAGGUCCAAUAUGCUGUAUUUUUGGUCCCUUCUUAGUGGACCAGGGUCGUGUUCAUUACACACCAAACAGAAGUAAACUGGACUGAAACAAGGAGGGACUCCCUGGACUUGGUGUAUAUGGAACAGUAGCCGUUAUAGUAGCUAUCUUGUCAGCUAUGUGUGGGUUUGUUAUAUACAUGUUCUUUAUGCGUUUGUGUAGGCGGUUAUGGCAGCAUGUCACCAAGUCACUGAAGGAGGGGAACAUUGACGAGGCCACGGAACACAAGCAUCGUCUAGAGGAGCGCCAGAGAGGGGAGGAGAGGCAGAGAGCUGCAGUCAACUCGCCCUGGACACCCAAAUAUUUCAGUAAAAAGGUAGUUACAGGAGGAAGUUGAGCCAGGGUUAAAUAUAAAACUAGGGUAAGGGCUGGGGCUAUAUGUUCAACCCUAUCCCUAACCUUUACCCUACUUUUCUCUUUGGACCCACGAGGUGCUGGACCCCGGCUCCACCUGGCUCUCCCUUUGACUUAACCUAACGUAGCAGGAGUAAAAGGAAAUGCCUGAGUGGAGUUCCCACACGGUUUUCAGAGGAAGCUAGAUUGAAUUAGCUGUAUCCCUGAAAACUGGAUACAUCCAGGUGGUUGGCAACUCCGCUAAGGGUGCUUUGUCCCAAGGUGCAGGAACCUGGCUCCAGGUGAAUAAACUCAAUUUAACCACUGAUGCUAAUCUGGUUUUGUCUUUGUUCUUGCCUUUAGGGAGAAGAUUGGAUCUACCACAAUCCUCUGUGGAAAUCUCACUGACACAAGAACCAGACUGCUCUAAUGGACACUAACUUAGAGCCUCUAUCCCCUAAACGAGGGGCCAGGCCAGGGGAAGGAUAAUGAUGGAACAGCCAUUCGCUCUCCAUUGGGACCCGAGAUACUGACUCUUAAUGACAUGGACAAUGGACACACUCAUGGGAAUCAAGUGGUUUCCAAUUGAACUACGAGGGUGGGAGUGACAGAUUUUUAUAGUAUUCGAGGUAGAGAAUUUCUAUUUUUCACUUUACCAAGGCCUUUUUCCUUUUGCAAAUGCAUGGUAUGACAUGAUUUGUCACUGGUAUUUUUUUCCAGUUGUGUUGACACAUUCAUUAUCUUUUUAGGUUCUAACGCCUUUAUUUGUCACACAGCAUCAGAAUGCAAUGGGAUGAGGAGGAAGGUGGCACAGAUGGACUCAGUAGGACCCAUUGCAGUGUUGAUGGAAUACAAGUGUUGAUGGCAAAGAUGCAAAUAUGUUUGGAGAUAUGUUUUUGUUACAUUAGUUCCCAUCUGGUUUUCAACAAAUGGUGACGACUAGGAGCAGUCUAUUUCUUAUCACUUUACGUUGCCAUUCUGCCCAUCCAGACCUUUAGAAGGAGUUUUGACCAUUCCUGAAAUGACUGUUUGCCUCUGCUCUUCCAUGCAUACAGAUUUCCCAUCACUCGCUUACCCACUUAUUACACAGUUAACACUCCAUUGGACCCUAUCUUCCCGAGAGGUCUUUCCUCCUUCCAGGUAUGUGUCCUUAUGUUGGGAUUGAUAUAACAUAAUUAAGCUGGAGCUGUACCCAGCUCACAACUCAUCAUGCUAAUAUCUCAGUGGGCUGCCUCUGAGUUGAAUAUGGAUAAGGUGCAUAGGAAGACAACCCCAUUCUCACAGAGGGGCACCGAGAGGUGUAGUCUCUCCCGAUGUCAUUCAGGAUUAUGUUAUUGACAGGAUAUGAGGUACUGUGGUGGUGGUAGUAGUAGAGGGGAUGUUUUGGGUCAUACAUAGCCAUUAUAUAUUUACAUUUUCACAAAAUGUGCUAAUUGACAUACCCUGAGUAUACCAAACAUUAGGAA